GCAACGUUUUGUGUAUCGAUGCACGUGUAGUGCGGACCGCGAAGGUGAGCGCUGGACGAAAGAGCUCACGUAAACAUCAGGUAUCGAUCGACGUUCGUCUUCGCUGCUUCGUUACACCAUGAAAAUAUAUUUUCUUUCCGGUUGCGGUUUGGCUCGAUGCUCUCCGCAAAACCAAAGUCCUUGCUUAAAAAGAGGUCAAAGAGCGCGCGCGUGACGCGGGGGCGGAAGACACGCGCGGCAUGCCGGGCGGCCGGCGGGGGCUCGUGGCCCCGCAGAACACCUUCCUCGAGAAUAUCAUCCGCCGCUCGUCCUCACAGCCAGACAGCAGCUUCCUGUUGGCCAACGCGCAGAUCGUAGACUACCCCAUCGUAUACUGCAACGAAACUUUCUGCAAAAUGAGCGGCUACAACCGCGCAGAGGUCAUGCAGAAGUCUUGCCGCUGCACGUGGAUGUACGGCGAGCUGACGGAGAAGGAGGCGGUGGAGCGCGUGGACCGCGCGCUGGACCACCACCUCGCGGACCAGUUCGAAAUACUACUAUAUAAGAAGAACCGCACGCCGCUGUGGCUGCUGGUACACGUGGCGCCCAUCCGCAACGAGCGCGAGUUGGUGGUCCUGUUUCUGCUCACUUUCCGCGACAUCACUGCUCUUAAGCAGCCUAUCGACGCCGAUGACCCUAAGGGAGGUCUGUCGAAGUUCGCAAAGUUGGCGCGCAGCGUGACGCGCUCGCGCUCGGUGCUGGUGUCGGCGCUGCCCGCGCUCAAGGAGCCGGCGCGCCAGAGCCAGCUCGCCCAUGUGAUGUCGCUGUCGGGCGACGUGCUACCGCAGUAUCGGCAGGAGGCUCCUAAGACUCCACCACACAUCCUGCUGCACUACUGCGCCUUUAAGGCGAUCUGGGACUGGAUCAUACUUUGCCUCACGUUUUACACCGCCAUCAUGGUCCCGUACAACGUUGCCUUUAAAAACAAGACUAGCGAGGAUGUUUCUCUUCUCGUCAUCGAUUCUAUUGUUGACGUUGUGUUUUUCAUAGACAUUGUACUUAAUUUUCACACAACGUUUGUGGGACCCGGCGGUGAGGUCGUCAGCGACCCUAAAGUCAUCCGCAAGAAUUACUUCAAAUCGUGGUUCCUUAUUGACCUGCUCUCCUGCCUGCCUUAUGAUGUCUUUAACGCGUUCGACCACGACGAAGAUGGUAUAGGCAGUCUGUUCAGCGCGCUGAAGGUAGUACGGCUGCUACGGCUGGGGCGUGUGGUGCGGAAGCUGGACCGCUACCUCGAGUACGGCGCGGCGAUGCUCAUCCUACUGCUGUGCUUCUACAUGCUGGUUGCACACUGGCUCGCCUGCGUCUGGUACAGCAUCGGCCGCUCCGAUGCUGACUCCGGCCUCCAGUACUCCUGGCUGUGGAAACUAGCUAACGUCACCCAGAGCCCCUACUCGUACGUCUGGUCGAAUGAGUCCGACGGACCCGAGCUAGUUAACGGGCCGUCGCGCAAGACCAUGUACGUCACCGCCCUCUACUUCACUAUGACCUGUAUGACCUCCGUGGGCUUCGGCAACGUCGCCGCCGAGACCGAUAACGAGAAGAUCUUCACCAUCUGCAUGAUGAUCGUAGCAGCCCUGCUUUAUGCGACGAUAUUCGGACACGUGACCACCAUCAUACAGCAGAUGACGUCCGCGACGGCUAAGUAUCAUGACAUGCUCAACAACGUUCGGGAGUUCAUGAAACUACACGAGGUUCCUAAAGCGCUCAGCGAGCGCGUCAUGGACUACGUGGUAUCCACGUGGGCGAUGACCAAGGGCCUCGACACGGAUAAGGUGCUGAAUUACUGCCCAAAAGAUAUGAAAGCCGAUAUUUGCGUGCAUCUAAAUCGCAAAGUGUUUAACGAGCACCCGGCCUUCCGCCUCGCGUCGGACGGCUGUCUGCGCGCGCUGGCAAUGCACUUCCACAUGUCGCAUUCCGCGCCCGGCGACCUGCUGUACCACACCGGCGAGUCCAUCGAUUCGCUUUGCUUCAUCGUCACCGGCAGUCUCGAAGUCAUUCAGGACGACGAGGUGGUAGCGAUACUCGGCAAAGGUGACGUAUUUGGAGACUCGUUCUGGAAAGACAGUGCAGUGGGCCAGUCCGCGGCCAACGUACGCGCGCUCACCUACUGCGACCUACACACUAUUAAGCGCGACCGCCUACUCGAGGUUCUCGAUUUCUAUCAGGCGUUCGCAAACAGUUUUGCUAGAAAUCUCACGCUGACUUACAAUUUGCGGCAUCGUUUAAUAUUUCGAAAGGUGGCGGACGUCCGACGUGAACGUGAGCUGAUGGAGCGGCGGAAACGAGAGCCACAGCUGGAGCAGGCGCAGGACCAUCUCGUGCGCAAGAUCUUCUCGCGUUUUCGUCGCGAGCGCAGCGUGGCCGCCACCCCCGCCCCCGCGCCUGCGCGCGCGCCCUCUCUCGUCGCGCCGCCGCCGGACGCCGAGCGCGGCGACGGUACGAGCACUACGAGUGCGUCAAACGGCGCCGCAGAGGAGAGCAAGACGGCCCCGAGCGGCGGCACGGCGGCGGCUCGCGGCAAGUGGGGCCGACUGCUGGCGGGCGGUUCUCUGGACGCGCCCGACGCGCCGCGCGCCGCAUUUACGCGCUCGCUCAGCGCCCGCGACCGCUCCGCGCCGCCCGACGCCGCCGGUGUGGCCGCCCUCUCGCUCAAGACGACAUUUGGACGAGGACGAGCUGGGAGUGUGUUAGGAGCGGCGGCACGCCGAGAACCCAUAGACGAAGAAACCGAUGACCGAAAAGUUACCCCAGCACCGGCUCCAGCAUCAACUCCAGCAGCUGCGCCCACCACGCCUGCGCCGUCACCCGCUCCCGCUGCCGCACCCGUUCCCGCUCCCGUUGCCGCUCCCGUUCCCGCGCCUGCGCUGCCAGCUCCUACCGUGACCUCGUCGCACGACGCUGCAUUGGCGGAAUUACGGCGUGACGUACGAAACGAAGUCCAACGACUUCAACAAAAGUUGGGUCGAGUCGAAGAUCUUUUGACGAUGCUCGCGGCGCGCCUUGGGGCCGACCCUAGCGACACGACCGCCGACCCCGCCGAGCGCGCCGAGCGCGCCGAGCGGAACGAGCGUCUGGAGCGUUCGGAGCGCGCAGACCGCAACGAUCGUGGCGAACGAACCGAGCGCACCGAAAGGCUCGACAGAACUGACUCCGCCGCGCUCGCCAGGAAACGACGCACUAAGGCACGGAGCAAAGGCGCCGCCCCUCAGGUUCCGACGCCGACGACGCCGGGCGAGUCCCCGGGCAGCCCGGCGGGCGCGGCGGCGCGAAGGCGCGACUUCGUGUAGCGCGCGGCGGCGGGAGGCGCGCCGCAGUAGCGUGCCGCCCGCCCGCGCCACCUCCCCCGCGCCCUCUUCCGUACCCGCCGACCCCUCGCGCGACGAGUGCUACGUUCUGAUCGUCGAUCGAAGGUCACUCCAGGAGCGCGCGACUACCGACUCCUUCACGGAGUCGUCGAGGUUCAUGCGCUCCUUGGCGCGUUAUUCGAAUCGAGGAAGUCGAUGGGCGUCGUUUAUGGAAAUAAUGUUCGAGUUGUGUCACGUAUCGCCGACUGGCCAGGUUGUCGAUUGGUUGACGUUGUUCGUAGCGUUUCGGACUCUGUUGGAGAUGAUCGCCUUUCGUCUAAUGAGUGACUCUUUUAUUUAGACUGGUUUAGUUCAUCAUUACUUGUAAAGAGAAACGACGUUUCGGAGGAGUCGAACGCCGAGCGGUGGAGGUCGUGUUGAGUGUUGUUUUACUAUCUACUGCAAAAUUUGUAACUAUUCAAUAUACGAGUACAGUGACUGUUUCGUCAGACUGAUAAGAAUUUUUUUCCGAAUAAAUGAAGCCUUGUUAGUUUUUUUAAAUGCUUUAUUCUACAAUUUAUUACAAAAUAAGAAUGUUUGAAUACUGCCGUUUACUCUGAAGCAGCCACGUCCACCGCCGGGCGCCGCUCGCGCACGGUACGACGUACGACGUACGACGUAUGUAUGAUGUAUAUAAGAGAGCGAGGUAACGCUGCAAGUACGCUUUAAGCGGCGAGCGGGCGCGGUCUGCGUCCGCUGCCUGCGCUGUUAUAUAGCAAUAUGUUAACCGAUAUUAUAUAGUUUGUACUUAGGAGUUUGUAAAAAUAUAUAAAUAAAUGAUAUACACUUAAUAUAAUAAUUAUAAAGCGAUACUCUUUCACGAUUUAUUUCACUAUGACUUUAACAUGAUCACACAAACGACCAAAUAUUUUCUUACGAUUACGCGUUGUAUACAUAAACUAUUGCAGAUUUUGAAUCUAUCAUAUUUUUAUGGGUACGCUUCGAAACACGAGUUAAUUAGUAGAUUAUAUAAAAUAUCGAUUGAACUUGAAAUGUAUCGAGCAAUCGAGUAGACUACCACACAUUUGUAUUUCCGAUGUCUAUCGAUCGAAGUCGCCUUGUUAUUGUAUAAGAAGUUUAUUUCAAUAGAUUUGUAUUUAUUGUAAAUUAGAGACUCAUUCGUAAUACAUAUCUAAGUAAAAUGGCGCAAUACUGUCAACCGUAACGCAUCGUUUACGAGGAAUAUGGUGUUAACUAGCGACGGGUUUGUCGCGACGCCAGUUGCGACGUUGCGCUGUCGU